AUGAUGGCAGUGUUGGGAUUUGGUGAUGUGGUGAACGAAUUGACAUAUCGUUGCACUCAUUGUCGUCAGAGACUUAUUAGUGCAGGUUAUGGAAGAUCGAAUACGUUGUUGAACCUUGUAGUGCCUCGAAUUGAUUGCGAAGCGGCAGGUGUUUCAAAAGGAAGCACACGUGCAAUGUUUCGAGCACACGUAAUGUUGAAUCGUAAAAUUGAGUCAAAUACGCAUUACACUUACAAUAGAAGAACAAGGUGCGUGGGCGUGUUCAAAAUGGUGGCACCAAUAGCCGAUCGGCUUUACCACGCAAGUGGGCGUGGUCUGAAUGUGGGCGGGGCAGAUUAUUGUAAAAUUCUCAACAGUAGGUACUACUAUCGUAAAAAAGUUUUCGUGUGA